AUGCAAUUCAAAUCCUUGUUUGCUGUGGCCGCCGUCUCCGGGUUGGCCGUCGCCAAUAACUCCACAUUGACCACUGCUACUCCUUCGGUGGCCAGCGCUUGUUCUUUCAAAGACUUCACUGCCACCGACAACGGCGGUAUCAGCUCCGUCGCUGCCUGCCCAACCGCUGUGGGUGACGUUAACAUCGAGGGCUCCAGCGUCGACUCUAUUGACUUGACCGGUGUUCGCCAGGUUUACGGUGACUUGUACAUCAACGGCACCAAGGCUACCGUCCUCAACGCUCCUGACUUGCAGUUGGUUUCCGGUAAGUUCACUCUUGCGAGAUCCACCAUUUUGGCCACCGCCAACUUGGCCCAGUUGACCACCGUCGGCACUUUGUUGUUUGACUCCUUGCCUGCUUUGGAGAAGACCGGUUUGACUUCCGGUAUCACCUCUGCCGAGUCCAUCACCAUUGGUAACACCGGUUUGCACUCUUUGGACGGUAUCAACGUGUAUGAGUUGAAGGUGUUUGACGUUAACAACAACCCUGACAUUGAGUCAAUUGACUCUGCCUUGCAGUCUGUCACCGACACCUUGUCCAUCAACUACAACGCUGAGAAGGUUGAGGUUGCCUUGGACAAGUUGACUUCUGCCAACAACGUUGUGUUUGAGAAGAUCUCCUCUCUUUCCGUGUCCAACUUAACUUCCAUCAACGGCUCUCUUUCCGUCUCUAAAAACAACUUCGACGGCUUCGAAUUCAAGGAGUUGACCUCGAUUGGCAAGUCUCUUUCCAUCAACGAGAACGACGAGUUGGAGGAGUUUGACUUCCCUAAGUUGAAGUCCAUUGGUGGUGCUUUGAACAUCCAGGACAACGAGAAGUUGAAGUCCUUUUCUUACUUCGACAAGUUGGAGACCAUUGGUGGUUCCGUGAACAUUGACGGUGACUUCGACAACGGUACUUUCCCUAAGUUGAACAGAGUUGCCGGUGGUUUCAACUUGUCCACCACCGGUUAUUUGUCCUGUGACAGCUUCACCAAGUUGAACUCCAAGGGUGACAUCAAGGGUGACAAGUUCUACUGCCGUGGUGCCUCUUCUACCGUUUCUUCUUCCUCCUCCAAGAGCGGUAACUCGAACGGUCAGUCCACUUCUUCCGACUCUGCCUCUUCUUCCGAGUCCUCUGGUUCCUCCAGCUCUACCUCCAAGGGUGCCGCUGCUGGUUUCGCCCCAGCUCCUUCCUCCGCUUUGGUCACUUUGGUCACUUUCGUUCUUGGCUUCACUGGUAUUGGUGCUGCCAUUUACUAA